UAUCCGCGGAUGAUUAUUGGCGGAGUGGGGGCUUGAAGAUGAUGGCUUCGAUAGGGGAGUUCGACCCCCUCAACACGCGGGUUCCCGCCACCAAGAUAGAAGUUACCGUCUCGUGCCGGCAUCUCCUGGAUGUGGACACCUUCUCUAAAUCUGAUCCAGUGGUGGUUCUGUACCUGCAAGGCGUUGGAUCCAAGGAGUGGAGAGAGUUUGGCAGAACGGAAGUGAUUGACAACACCCUGAACCCAGACUUUGUCCGGAAGUUUGUCCUGGACUUCUUCUUCGAAGAGAAGCAAAACCUGAGGUUUGACGUAUACAAUGUGGACACCAGAAGCUGCAACAUCUCUAAACAUAAGGACUUCCUGGGCCAGACCUUCUGCACCCUGGGUGAGGUCAUCGGAUCGGUCGGAGGCCGCCUGGAGAAGACCCUCUCCGGGAUACCAGGGAAGAAGUGUGGUGUCAUUAUCUUGAGUGCCGAAGAACUCAGCAACUGUAGGGACAUCGCCACCAUGCAGCUGUGUGCCAACAAGCUGGACAAGAAGGACUUCUUCGGCAAGUCGGACCCCUUCCUGGUGUUCUACCGCAGCAACGAGGACGGGACGUUCACUAUCUGCCACAAGACGGAGGUGGUGAAGAACACACUGAACCCAGUAUGGCAGGCCUUCACCAUCCCAGUUCGAGCCCUCUGCAAUGGAGACUACGACAGGACGGUGAAGGUGGACGUCUACGACUGGGACCGAGACGGAAGAUGUUGUGCGUGCUUCCACGACUUCAUCGGAGAGUUCACCACCAGCUACAGAGAGUUGUCCCGCGGCCAGAACCAGUUCAACGUCUACGAGGUUUUAAAUCCAAAGAAGAAGGGAAGAAAGAAGAAGUAUGUAAACUCUGGAACUGUAACUCUGCUAUCCUUCAAGGUAGAAUCCGAGUACACCUUCGUGGAUUUUAUCCGAGGAGGAACGCAGCUGAACUUCACCGUGGCUAUCGACUUCACCGCAUCCAACGGCAGUCCGUCCCAGCCCAGCUCUCUGCACUACAUGAGCCCGUACCAGAUGAACGCGUACGGGAUGGCGCUGAAGGCGGUGGGGGAGGUGAUCCAGGACUACGACAGCGACAAGCUCUUCCCAGCCUACGGCUUCGGGGCCAAGCUGCCCCCCAACGGGAAUGUGUCCCACGCCUUCCCCCUGAGCGGGGACAGCGUGAACCCUAACUGCGUGGGGAUCGAGGGCGUGCUCCAGGCCUACUUCGAGAGCCUGCGGACCGUCACGCUCUACGGACCCACCAACUUCGCCCCCGUCAUCAACCAAGUGGCCAACUGUGCUGCUGAGAUAACAGACGGGUCUCAGUACUUUGUGCUGCUGAUGAUCACAGAUGGAGUGAUCUCUGACAUGCUGCAAACCAAGGAGGCUGUGGUAAACGCGGCCUCCCUCCCCAUGUCCAUCAUCAUCGUAGGGGUGGGGCCAGCCGAGUUUGACGCGAUGGAGGAGCUGGAUGGAGAUGAGGUGCGAGUCUCCUUUAAGGGCCGUGAGGCUGAGAGGGACAUUGUACAGUUUGUUCCGUUCCGGGACUACAUCGACCGUACGGGGAACCAGGUGCUGAGCAUGGCCCGGUUGGCCAAGGAUGUGCUGGCCGAGAUCCCCGACCAGAUCCUGUCCUUCAUGAAGACCCGCGGGAUCGAACCCCGACCCGGCCUCUCCUGCUCCCCCCUGCCAGACCUCCCAGGACACAUCUGACCCCCUACUGAGCAACCGCAGACCUAUCUGACCAAUCACAGAGCUAUCUGACCCUACCGACCAAUCACAGAGCUAUCUGACCCAACCACAGACACAUCUGACCCCACUGACCAAUCACUGACCAACCAAAGACCUAUCUGACCCUACUGACCAAUGAAAGACUUAUCUGACCCUGACUGACCAAUCACAGACCUAUCUGACCCCACUGACCAAUCACAGACCUAU